CCCUUUAAUAUAGAAGGUCUAGAUAUAUUAUUAAGAGCAUAUUGACCUUCAGGUAUUUUGUGAAAAGGAUUACUUUAUGAAUGUUGAACCGAGUUAAAAGAGAUGGUCACAUGGGUCCGGUACACAACAAAGUUUAUAUAAGCCACUACAUCCUGUGCUGUUUAUAAGACACUUGCCCUCCAACUUAAGGCUCUUGGGUAAAAUUUUAAAGGCAGACAAUGAUUAUUUUACAUCUGAUGAGUUUUUUGAUGCUUUUGCAGUUUGGAACUACACAAGAAUCUGGAGUAUCUCCUGUUCUACCUGAACUUAACGACCUGCCGCUGGGAAAUAUAAAUAACUUCACAUUCGAUGGCGUGUUCAAGAACAUAGAAAGUGUGACAUCAUUUCUGGACUGCCUGGGUUCUCAGUUCACCUGGCUGCAAGUUAUAUUCACCAAUUUCCCAUCUCUGCUAAACUUUGUGAGCAAACUGAAGUGUGUGACCGGUCUGUGCCCCAGGGACCUGGAGGACUACGGCUGUGCCUGCAGAUAUGAGCUGGAGGGUCUUCCUGUAGACACGGUGGACAGCUGUUGCUUUCAGCACCGUAAAUGUUAUGAAGAAGCGCUUGAGAUGGACUGUGUUUGGGACCCAGCUAAAGUUUCAUCUGACAUCAGCUGCCUCUCAAAGAACCUCACUUGUGCAGGACAGAUGGCAGAAAGCGGAUCUAUAAAAGGGGGUCUUGUCUCCUCUCUACCCCCACCAGAGCCUGGCCCUGAAUGUGAGAAAGUGCUGUGCCGCUGCGACAAAGCCGCCAUUGAGUGUUUUGUGAACACGCACAUUAACUCUUCGGUGAAGGGGAUGGAUAUCACGUUCUGCUCGGAUCCCGUUACAGCUUCUCCGGAAACCACAAUCAGGAAAAGUGAAAUGGAUGCAAAAUCACUGCAGAACAGAAGCAUGGACGUCAUGCACAUUCCAGCACAGGAAGGGGAGCAAAGUGACCCAACAUCGAUUCCUUCUGCAGAGGAGCUCAUGACUCCUCUGACAGCAUCAAACCAGAGUCCCAGCAUCCCAGCGGUGGAGUCCUCUCUUGAUGUUUUUUUCAGAGAUCCUGUGAUGUCUGCAUCUGGAAGUCGAGGUGAUGCCAGUGCAAGUGCCACUCCAAUCCCUGAGAGCACCUCUCCACCUGCUGAAAUAAGCCCAACAAAGUCAGGCUUCAAGAUAGCAGAGGAGAGUACUUUAAAUUCGGACGUAUCUGUGGGAACGGAUAAUGAUGUUGGCGAGUCCGUAGAACAAGUAUGUGACAGAUUCCACUUCCAGCGACUGAAAGAAGAUGGGAACACCAUGGAGUUACCACUACUCGGGGAAAUGUUAUAUUGUCUGACCGGUCGUUGUCCCCAAGAGUUUGAAUCCUACGGCUGCUACUGUGGAAAGGAAGGCCGGGGAAACCCCAAAGACAUCUUGGACAGCUGCUGUUUCUCCCAUCAAUGCUGCAUAGAGCACCUUAAGAAGAUUGGCUGCCCCCCGGAUAGGAACGUGCGCUCAGAGGUCAUGUGCAUGGACAGCAAACCCACAUGUGUUGGCUGGAGCAUCUGUGACAGGCUACUAUGUGCCUGUGACAAAGCUGCGGCGGAAUGCAUGGCUACUGCGCCAGUCAACAACACCCUGCGAGAUUUAAACAGGAGUCGCUGCCAGGGGGAGACCCAACCACUGUGCAGGCAAGGGAGCGAGGAGGAGAAGCCAGAGCGAGCCAUUAAGCCACAGUCGGAGAGCUCCAGCUCGGAAGAGAGCAGCGAAGAAGAACAACGUCCAAUGAGAGAGAUAGUGCAGGCUGGGAACUCUGGGUCACUGGUGCCCAGGGGAGGCAGACGGACACGCUCACUGGUUAACAGAAGGAAAAAUUAGAGCAGGACAGGCUCUGCUUGAUCUCUUCUGAUGGACCCCAUGAAUACACAUCUCUGGAGGUCUGGAUUUCUGCCAUAAAGGACUAUUGUAACAAAGGUUGAUGAGGCAUGUAAUGUACUAACCCAAGAUACUGUAUUUCCAUAUCAGCUGUAACAACUGUUUUCUAUUGAGUUUGUGAAAAAUGUUUAUGUGCAUCUUUUUUUUUUUACAAUAGUGCUUAUGGGCACAACAACAUUGAGCUUAAAUCCUAAAUUAUCAUUUGUGAAUUUUUCUUUUUUUUUUUGAUUGAAUGUUUCACGAGUCAUCCAUAAAAUGUAAAUAUGUUUUGAUGCAAACAUUUCAUAAAGACCUUUACUAAACCGUG